GGAGGCGGUUGGCGGGGCAGCCGGCCUCAUCGCGGCGCUCGCCCCCCCGAGGCUGGACCGGGAGGGAAGGUGCACACAGUUUUGGCAAACAAGUUAAAGAAUGUGUCUCAACAGAGGAAACAACAUUGAUGUCUCUGCUUAAAAUUCUUAAAAAUUUUCCCUGGUUUCGUGAGACACGAUUUGAAUCCCAGUACUUGGGAAGCAGAAGGAUCUCUUGUGAGUUCAAGGCCAGCCAGAGCUAUACAGUGAGACACUGCCUUAAUAAGAUAUGGAAAGUCCAGACAGAAAAAAACAGAAGAUUUUAAAGGCCAAAAAAACAAUGCCUACAAGUUGUCGGAAGCAGUUGGAGAUCCUGAACAAGUCAAAGAAUGUUGAAGCUCCAAAAACAACAGUUGGAACUAAUAUUCCAAAUGGCCAUAAUCAAAAGAAGAUGUUUUCAGACAACAAAGAAAAUGUUAAGGUCAUGAAAACUUCAGAGCAAAUUAAUGAAAAUGCUUGUGUAGCUCUGGUAAGGCACACAACACUGCUAGAACAGGUUAAACAUUGGGUUCAACAGGAGAUCCACAUGAUAAGUUGUAAUUUAUUUGAUAAAAAACUGAAUGAAUUGAAUGAACGCAUUGGGAAGACCCAGUGCAGGAACAAGCAUGAAGCAAUAGUUGAGGAACUCUUUGUAAAAAUAAGAAGACUUCAAAAACGUAUCAAAACAGUAUUAUCAUCUCAAGGAAAUUGUUUAGAACCAAACAUAUUACCCAAUAAUACAUUCUGUAAGGUUACAGAUUCAGAGGCCAUAAACUUGAGUGUGACCCAAAAGCCAGAUAAAAGUCGAAGGAAAGGAGUGUCUUCUGUGAACCACGCCCCUUUUAACUCUUCAGAAGAAGCAAGUGGUAGGAUUAAUUUGCCAUCAGCAUGUGUUGAGUUUGUUUCUGAAAGUAACACUGAUGAUGUUAUGCUGAUUUCUGUGGAACAUCCUAAUUUGACAACUUCAUUUACAUCUGAUGCAACAGAAAUUGGAAAAAAUAAAUCAAGAAAUGACCAUAACUCAUCUAAUACCGUAAUUGAAGUUGAAGCUGUAGAGAAGAAACUUGAUUUUGUUAUUGACUUGACAAGAGAAGACCUAAGCAACUACAGCAAAGAAGGCCCAGCAUUCACCCUGAAGUCGUCUUCGAAAGCUGUUUUAAGAUCAAAAGAAAUAAUCCCAGUGGCAGAAAAUGGAGAUGAGGAUUUUGAUUCAUUUGAACACCUGCCACCUCUCCCAGAGCCGCCGCCACCUCUCCCUGAGAUGGCAGACAAAAUCCAAGAUACACUUCCUCCCCAAAAGCCUGAGCUGAAAGUGAAGCGGUUGCUGAGACCCAUAAGUAUUGCUCUGACAUGGAACAUCCCCAAGGUCAACCCCAAGUGUGCUCCUGUGGAGAGCUACCAUCUCUUCCUAUGCUACGAGAACUCUAAUCAUUUGACUUGGAAGAAAAUUGCAGAGAUGAAAGCUUUACCACUCCCGAUGGCCUGCACCAUAUCUCAGUUUUUAGCUUCCACCAAAUACUAUUUUGCUGUCCAGUCAAAAGACAUUUUUGGGCGAUAUGGACCAUUUUGUAAUAUAAAAUCUAUUUCUGGGUUUUCUGAAGAUCUUACCUAGAAGUACUCAGUGAUUAUAUGUUGUGCACAUGUCAUGUUUUCAUAUUUGAAUGUUUUGUUUACAAUGUUUCUCUAACAGUACAUUGUAAUAUUUUAUGUGCAGUUUGUGAACCCUUUGUACUGUAAAGUGUCUUGAAAUUUUGUGUAUUUCUAAUUUGCAUUCAAUAUGUAUUUCUGUUAUCUGUGACACAUACUGUAUCAUGGACCCAUGUUGCCACUGUGUGUUCCUUUGGUGACUGUGGAGUUGCUGCUGUGACAGAGGAUCU